CUCACCGACUGUCGAGCAAAUAAGUAAAAUCACACAUUCGUUGGCACUUUCGCUCUUAUUGUCUCGCAGCUGCAAAGAGGCCAAUCAGGGAUUAUUAAGACAGCAACGUAUGCGGGGGAUUUGACAGCGAAUGCGGGUUAACUAAACUUCACAAUCAGUUGUAAUGAUGUGGCUGGAAAACAAUUCAACAAGCAACUGAGCACAGCAAAACAGAGAGUAAAAAGAAUAAAUGCGGGUCCUUUUGACGCUCCUAAAAAUGCAAUCCACGGCUAAGAAAUGGAGUGGAAUCACUACCGACGAUCGCCGUUUACUACGUUGCAUCCUGCUCGAACUGAUCAUCUUCAUGGUGCUCGGCUUACCGAUACUCAUUUGCGAGUUCGUCAUAGAACCUUUUCGUCGUGGAUUCUUCUGUAGCGACGAGACGAUACGUUAUCCUUUUCGUGACAAUACAGUUACGACGGUUAUGCUCGGCUUACUCAUUACCCUCCUGCCGGCUACGGUGCUAAUCGGUGUGGAGUUUACGCGCUUCUAUCGUUGUGGUCGCGUGCGAGAAUCAAGAUUGCUUUUUGGCUGGAAUAUACCCAUUUGGAUGGUGGAAUUUGUCAAAUAUACGAGCCACUUCACUUUUGGCGCCGUACUAACUUUUGAUGCAACAGAACUGGGCAAGUUCACAAUUGGACGCUUGCGCCCACAUUUCAUAAGUGUGUGUCAGCCGCAGCUGGCAGAUGGUAGUAGUUGUGAUGCGCCGCAUAAUCUUCAUCGCUAUAUUGAGAACUACGUUUGUGUGGGCAACGGUUACACAGCGGAUGAUGUGCGCCAGUCAAGGCUUUCAUUUCCCAGCGGCCACUCGAGCCUUCUCUUCUUCACCAUGACUUAUCUCACCAUUUACUUGCAAUACAAGCUCACCUGGAAUGGUUCUAAGUUUGCGCGCAAUUUUCUGCAAUUCGUUUUGCUCAUGUUGGCUUGGUUUACGGCACUAUCGCGCAUCAUGGACAAUUGGCAUCAUUGGUCUGAUGUGUUGUGCGGCUCCUUAUUAGGCGUAGCAGGUGCCCUGCUAACUGCGCUUUACAUCACUAAAGAUUUUAGUACGCCACUGGAACGCUUGCACGUCAACUUGCCGCGCCAGGAUACGAGCACAACACUGGACGAGAUUGCCCCAACGCCACCUCCUUAUACGCUGAGAAAUGGAAAAAGCAGCGAAUCGUCGUUGAAUAGGAAUAGCACGAGUAGCUUUGGCAAUGAUCAGUUUUGUACAAAAGUGUGAAAAGUGUUAAAUGCGUUGGUGAGAAUUUAAGUCUAAGAAUAACUGUGGUAAUUUAAGAAAAUGUAAAAGAAGUAAAUUUGGCAGAGCAUAAAAGGAUAGAAUCUUGUAGAAUGUUAGUUUGUAUGUAAACAAACUAAAAAUAUUGGUAACAAUUUGAAAUAUAGUGACAGUGUAAGAAGUGGGAAGAAUUUAUAAACUGAAGAAAGAUUAAAAAAGAAAAACUGUACAAAAUAGAACGCACUUUUGAGAAGUGAGAAAAGUUCGAAAAACGGGAAGAGUUUAAAAAUGGGAACAAUAUCAAAUUUGGGAACAGUUCGAAAAUGUGAACAGUUUUAAAAGUGAGAACAGUUUUAAAAGUGGGAACAGUUUGAAAAACAAGAAAUGUUUAUUAAACUAAAUUAGUUUAACAUUUUGAAAUCAUUCUGCAUUGUUUUGGAAGUCAGAACAGUUAGAAAAA